GUUUCUGCCGCUUCUGUGUGCCGCAGGGAGUUGAAAAACGUUUUAUAAGGUGUGAUAACACCACCAGCCCGCCGCCAUGGACUUCCAGCACCGCGCUGGAGGCAAGACGGGCGGAGGAGGUCAGGCCUCGUGGUCCGAGUCGAACCGCGACCGGCGCGAGCGCCUCCGUCAGCUGGCCUUGGAGACCAUCGACCUGCAGAAGGACCCCUACUUUAUGCGUAAUCACCUGGGAUCGUACGAGUGCAAACUGUGUCUCACGCUGCACAACAAUGAGGGCUCGUACCUGGCUCACACUCAGGGCAAGAAGCACCAGGCCAACCUGGCCCGCCGUGCUGCCAAGGAGGCCCGGGAGGCCCCGCAGCAGCCGGCGCCAGAGAAGGCUCGGGUGGACAUCAAGAAGUUCGUCAAGAUCGGACGUCCCGGUUACCGUGUGAACAAACAGAGGGCGCCGGAGAGCGGCCAGCAGAGUCUGCUCUUCCAGGUCGACUACCCAGAAAUCGCCGAUGGCGUGGUGCCGCGCCACCGUUUCAUGUCGGCCUACGAGCAGAAGAUCGAGCCGCCCGACCGCAAGUGGCAGUACCUGCUGUUUGCCGCAGAGCCCUACGAGACCAUCGCGUUCAAGGUGCCCAGUCGGGAGGUAGAGAAGUCGGAGGAGAAGUUCUGGACGCUCUGGAACAAGGACACCAAGCAGUUCUUCCUGCAGUUCGCCUACAAGCUGGAGCCGAAGCCGGUGCGGCCGCCCGGCCCGCCGCCGACCAUCCCGCCGCCGCCGCGGCCGAACCUGGUGCCGCCGCCGCCGCCCAGGCCGCCCAUGAUGCCGCCCCGGCCGCCGCCGCCGCCGGGUAUCGGCGGCCCGAUGCCGCGGCCGCCCGGGCCGCCGCCCAUGAUCCCGCCGCCGGGACCGCCGCCGCCGCACGGCCCGCCCGCGCCGCCUGGCACCCUCCGUCCUCCGGGGCCGCCGCCACCGCCAGGUGUACCGACCAGUCGACCGCCGGCGCCGCCCGGCCUGCCCAUGGGCCGCCCGCCCGCACCGCCCGGGGUUCCGCCGCCGCCGGCACCGCCCGGCCUGCCGCCCAUACCGCCCCCGCCCGGUGUACCGCCGCCGCCCAAACUGACCGAGCCUGGCCUGCCGCCGCCGCCGCCCAAAAUCUCGUAGGGGGUCUUGGUAGACUGGGGAGGGAGACCUCAGGAGGCAACACUCGACAGUGUGCAGAUGACUCCGGGUGGAAACAGUAAAGCUCUGGGUUACCACGAGGAUAUCUCGCAACACAUUUCGUGGAUAGUAGAAAACACAUUUUUUUCUGUAGCGUGUCUGACCUGUGAACAUCUGAAAUGUUCAUCGCAACCAUCUUUUAUGCUACAUCCAUUUUCUGUUUACGAUAAUUUGGUUUUCCGUAUCACCAAUACACAUCAGAUGAUA